GUAGCUGGUCAUUUAGCGAAUGCCAUUCUACUUCCGCGUUGUCUUGAACCAAUAGAACCUGGACCAUGCAAAGGCUUUGAGAUACGCUAUGGAUAUGAUAAAGCAGCCGAGAAGUGCACACGUUUUGCUUACGGUGGGUGCGGCGGAAAUUCAAACAAUUUCGAUAGCCGAGAACGUUGUGAGAAGAUGUGUGUCGAAUCGAAAAAUAUUCUGCAAAAUCCGUCUGUUGCAUACGAUCCACUCGUUUCCAACGCCAGAUGCCUUUUACCGAUAAGGUCCGGAAGCUGUACCAGGUAUCAGGGAAGAUAUGGAUUCGAUGUCCGUAAAGAGGAGUGCACAUUUUUUAUGUAUGGAGGAUGCGGUGGUAACGCGAAUAGAUUCCUAUCAAGAGAAGAGUGCGAGCAAGCGUGUCUUGCGAAAUUUACUUUAAUUAGAACG